CGACUAGAUCACGGCGGGUGAGGCCUUGUGAGGAUCAGGAUCUACUUGUUUUCGUUGCCACGUAGCUGGGCUAGACGCUCUCCAGGUUGCUCAAUGUCUGGCUCUCAAUUGCCCGGAAUGGGAGCAUACCCAGCGUUUACGGUGGUACCAUGACACAACUGGCAGAGCCUGGUUCCUGCAGCCUGGCUGCAGCCACAAUUCUUCAAAGCAAUAUUGCUUUCUUUCCAUAGGACUAAGAUUGCGACGAAGAGAAAUCCGAAGGGAAGACCCAGCGACGCUUUUACUAAGAGGUGCGAUGCCCUUCCUGAAUCCGGAUUUCGUCACAGGCUCCGCCUAGCUACAUGAAAAGCGGAGAUUCAACUGCCGCUAUAACUCUUUUACAGGCCGCCCAGCAUACAAUCCUGGCGCGUAAACCAGUGAUUGGUUAUAAAGGCUAAAAAUAUAGAGGAAGUGGCUAUGGAGGAUCACCUACGAGGAUGAGCUGCAUAAUUAGUCCAUGCUGUGGAUGAUUGAAAUACAGCCAUCUCCGCACUUAUGGGCAAGUCACCUACUACGGAUUCACGCCUAAAAAUCAAGACCGGACUAAAAGGUAUUUAUAUCAUGGAAGUGUUCACAACUGUCAUUACAUCAGGUGGCCUUAUUCUCCGGUUUCUUGACGCAUGUAGUGCCUACUCAGAUGAGGCGAAAUCCCUGAAGACUCGUUUCGACUGGGACAUCCGGGUAUUACAAGUACUCAGCGACUACUUCGCCCAGAGGGGGGCUGUGAAAGCAAGCCAACAACUGGCGCCUGAAGAUGCAGCGCUACUCGAGCAGACCGCGAUUUACCUCGACGGGUUUGUAGGCAAGGUACAAAAGACUCUAUGGAAGAUUGAGCGGAAGGGGUGGCUGCACGACAGCAUCAGACACGCGGCGUGGAUUGCGAGACGGUCAGAUUUGAAAGAGAUGGAGAAGGAGAUGUUCGAAUGGACUAGGCGCUUCGACGUGCGGUUGCUAGGUCUCCCCAAAGAGCUUAGAAAUAUCAUCCCCGCUGCCUCUGCUGGAGACGAGGCCAGACUCCCUGCAGUAGUAAGAUCCAACAACCGGCUGAAGGAAUUCCUUUAUCUUGCUUCAAAUGCCAAGCAGACGCGGGUUAGGGAUAUGUUGCUGGAGGACUCAGUCGAACUUGCCUCUUUGGUCACGCGCAGGGGCGAUGUCUCCUUGCAGCCUCUCCAGUACGGCACUGAGCAGAUCAUCUUUGCUAGCCGGAGGGUUCCUCCAGGAAGGAUUCCAGGGACGCCUAAUUUCCACAGCAUGGCCUAUGAGAUGGGUGAACUGGCCGCCGCACUUAACUGCCUGGACCCAGCUGCGGACAUCAGGUUGCUCAAGGUUGAAUUUUACUUCUAUCAUGCAGACAGCAAUCAGUUCCUCUUUGCCCAAAAACCGCCAUACCCUACUAUGUCGAUGAUGACCCUAGAAGCGAUGAUCAGCGGAGACCCGUUCCCAGAGGUCGAUUCUCCUCUCGACGAUCGCCUCAAACUUGCCCAUAAAAUUGCUGAAGCAGUCUUCUUCCUCCAUACCGCAGGUUUCCUCCACAAGAACAUCACAUCCUCUAGCGUCGUGGCUCUCCGACGGUCGACUCUGCCCCAUGGGGAAGUCAUGCCCGAUUUUGACGACACGUACCUCAUGGGCUUUGACCUGAUACGCGGGAGCGAAGCAUUAACGACCAAGGAAGGUGCAAUCAAAGAAAAUACGGAAGUAAGAUCUGUUUGGGAUUUCGAUGUUUUCCAGCACCCCGAGAGGCUUCAAGGAAAGAGCAGCCCGAGAUAUAUCAGAACGUAUGAUAUAUAUAGUCUUGGCGUGGUACUUCUUGAAGUGGGCUUCUGGGAACCGCUUAGAGAGAUAGCUAGGGAUAUAACACUUGCCGACCCGUCUGGCUGGGCUAACGAACUGUCAGAGACUGUUCCACUAUUAGGUGCAAGAACUGGAGAGAGAUACCAGGACCUGGUUGCCUGGUGUCUUAAUUUGAAGGGCGAUCACAUUGUUACGGAUGCCGAGUUCCUGCAAGAGGUAUUAGAUCCUCUAGAGGAGAUCGUCAAUGCGCUGUCGCAUGAACCUCGACUUGAUGCUCGAAAAUAAUUAUCAUAGACAUGAGAAAACAGGGAACAACUGAAGGAUAAUCAGCAGAUGGAAGAGCGAGGAACGCUAGCGGGGACUAGCAUAACAUUAAUGUUCGAAGUCCUGAGGCCGGCAGUGAAUGUUUAAAGAACGCAUGAGCGCGACCGUAUUAAAACUACCCUGGGGAAGCUGUUUGGUUGAAAGUGACUAGAAGAGGCGCAAUAUGUUUCCAAAGUUGCGAAUAGCUGCAGGGACCUGGCUGCAUGGUAGUCCCACAGUAUCAAUGCCGUCGAUGGUAAGCACCUAUUAGAUCGACUACCUGCUCGGGUCGGGUUGCCUAAGGGGAUGUUUGAGGCUCUAGGUAGAGACCAGACAGCGGGUCUUGGAUUUUAAAAUUUAGGUACGGCGUCUUCGCUCAAACAAUUAGCAAGUGGAAUCUUAGGCACGUGACAAACUUUUAGGUGUAUAGGGCUGGGUAAAGCAGCAACUAAUGUCACCUGAAAACAGCAGCUCCGACACCACAAUCUUCCAUAAACUUAUAAACAUCUUAUAUAAUCUAAUAUAACGAUUCUAAUUCUCAC